AUUAAGUGCUAACUACAUGCCAGGCACUAUACUAAGCACUGGGGUGGAAACAAGUAUAUUGAGUUGGACAAAAAGGUGAGCAAAGGUUUAGCAGGAAAGAGUGGGCAAGGGGAAAGUUACCAAAGGACUUCCAAGGAUGGCUAAAGAAUUCCCAAACUUAGUAGGAAGACAUUUUCCUUGUUGCUGACACCUUGCCUGUAAUUAUCUCUUUUCCUCUCUAGAUGUUCUUGGAAGAGGGGGAUGGAGGAUGGAGCUAGGAAAUCACACCAGGGUUUCAGAAUUUAUUUUCCGGGGACUGACCCAGUCUCGGGAACUGAGCUUCGUCUUAUUUGUGCUUUUGUUUGUUUUGUACGUGAUAACCGUGUCGGCAAACCUCCUCAUCAUAGUCACAGUGACUUGGGAAUCUCGUCUCCACCUACCCAUGUAUUUCUUGCUCCGCAAUCUGUCCAUCCUAGAUAUCUCCUUUUCCUGCAUCACUAUUCCCAAGGUCUUGGUGGAUCUUCUUUCCAAGAGAAAAGCCAUCUCCUUCAAUGGCUGCCUCACUCAGAUAUUUUUCUUUCACCUCCUCGGUGGGGCUGAUACUUUUUCUCUCUCUGUCAUGGCGUAUGACAGAUACGUGGCCAUCUCGAAACCCCUGCACUAUGUAACCAUCAUGACUAAGGGGACGUGUUUCGGGUUGGUGGCUGCUUCGUGGGUGGGGGGAUUUGUGCAUUCCGUGGUCCAAAUUUUUCUGUUGCUGCUGUUACCCUUCUGUGGACCCAACGUCCUAGAUGGUUUCUACUGUGAUGUCCCCCAGCUACUUAAACUUUCCUGCUCCAAUGCCGUCACUACAGAGCUGUUGAUGAUCUCCAACAACGGUAUGAUCACCUCCCUGUGGUUUGUCUUGCUCAUUGGGUCCUACACAGUGACUUUGCUCAUGCUGAGAUCUCACUCCGGGGAAGGGAAAAAAAAAGCCAUCGCCACUUGCACUUCCCACAUGAUGGUGGUCACUCUACACUUCGUGCCGUGCAUCUACAUCUACGCCCGGCCCUUCACCGCUCUGCCUACGGACACGGCAGUGUCUAUCACCUUAGCGGGAAUUAUCCCCGUCCUGAACCCCAUCAUAUACACCUUGAGGAACCGCGAGAUGAUGCUGGCCAUGAAGAGACUGAAGAAAAGAGAUAUACAAUCAGGAAGGGAAUGAAAAUUACAAUAAACUCGGGGAGAGGCCUGAAAAGGGUUAUCGGGUUUUCAUGCAAUUUCCCAAAAAGGACUUGAUGAUACGUGUCAGCCUUGGAGGAUAAGAGACUCAGAAGCAGUUGGAACCUGUGUCCUUCAACCACGGCUUUGAUUUCCUGUGAGUUUCUGUUCUGAAACUUGCAAACUAAACUCCCAAAAUGGUGGAGUGAGCUUCGCCUCCAGAACCCAGGAGAAUUAUUUUCUACUCAGGGCAUUUUCCACCUGAAGAUCUCAGGGAGACUCUCUGCCUACUACUAUAGCCUAGUCCUUAUAUCACCCUACCCUGUCACAUUUUCUACAACAGAGCCAGGAGGAGAUAAGGGAUGAAGAAACUCUGUGCCAGAAGGAAUCUAUUUCCCUGCAGAGAUUCUUCCAAUCAGGAACAAUUUGUUCUUCAUUUCAUUUCUCACUGGUCCAAGUGGAAGGAGCAGCCUUUUCCAAACUCUAAUCUUCUCUUAGAUGCUCAUCUGUGCAAAAGGGAUAUCUUAAGAUAUCUUAACCA